AUGGUGCGACCCCUCGCCGCCGCUGUCUUCGCCAUCUCCGGCUUCGCUGCCGCCUCCUCCCACACCACCGCCGCCUCCGACGACACGCCCCUACCCGUCGUCAUCUGGCACGGCCUCGGCGACACCUUCUCCGGCGAGGGCAUCCAGGCCGUCGCCGCCCUCGCCGACGCCAUCCACCCGGGCACCUUUGUCCACGCCGUCUCCCUCGCCGGCGACGACGCCUCCGCCGACCGCUCCGCCACCUUCUUCGGCAACGUCUCCGCGCAGGUCGACGCUGUUUGCGAGCAGCUCGCCUCCCACCCGAUCCUCUCCACCGCGCCCGCCGUCGACGCCCUCGGCUUCUCCCAGGGCGGCCAGUUCCUGCGCGCCUACGUCGAGCGCUGCAACAACCCGCCCGUCCGCAGCCUCGUCACCUUUGGCAGCCAGCACAGCGGCAUCGCCGAGUUCCGCGAGUGUGGCACGUCUGACUUCCUGUGCAAGGGCGCGAUGGCCCUGCUGCGCUUCAACACGUGGAGCAGCUUCGUCCAGGGCCGCCUCGUCCCCGCGCAGUACUUCCGCGACCCGGCCGACCUGGACGCGUACCUCGAGGGCUCGCGCUUCCUCGCCGACGUCAACAACGAGCGCCCGCGCAAAAACGCGACCUACAAGGAGAGGCUGGCGGGGCUGACCAAGUUUGUCAUGUUCCUCUUCGAAGACGACACGAUGGUGCACCCGCGCGAGUCGUCGUGGUUCGGCGAGGUGACGCCGGAGGGGAAGAGCGUGCCGCUGCGCGGGCGACCGAUCUACAAGGAGGACUGGCUCGGCCUCCGCGAGCUCGACGAGAAGGGUGGGCUCGUCUUCCGCUCCAUCACGGCGGACCACAUGCAGAUCCCGGAGCAGGUGCUCAACGAGACGUUCCGCGACUUCUUUGGGCCGGGGAAGCGCGCGUUCCCCUCGCACCGCCACGAGCAGCCCAAGGUCUACGGCGAUGGCCCCUUCAACCUGGAGCUGUAG